UAAUAUUAUUUGAAAAUGCUGAAUUUGUAGAUAAGGAUUUAAUUAUACCAUUUGAUGAAAUAUUAGCUAUUGAUAUUCUGCAGACUACAUUAAGUCAAAUGAUUAAAUUUGUUAAAGCAUAUAAUAUCAAAGAAAUAUGGACAUUUAUUGAUAAUGAAAAUAAUGAUAAGUAUUCAGAUUUAGAAGAUGAAUUUCAAGAAGAUGAUAAUAUUAGUGAUAAGAAAAAUGAACCUUUAGUAUUAUUAUUGCAAAAUCUAGAGUAA